AUGAAUUUCAUGGAGACAGUGGGUCUAGAGUGCGCCGUGUGGCCGCACCUGUACUGGUGCACGGAGAUGUGCGAGACCUAUGUGCGAAGCCAAGAUCUCCGCCGUCUGGCACGUGCAGAAGCCCCACAGCGCCAGCCAGCAAGGGGAGGCGACGACUCCGACUCCGACGAGGUUGACGAUCCUGAGCAGGAUUUCGUGUACGACCUCUGGCUUUGGAGCAGCUUGGGCGGGGCCAAGCACAGCAGCGGCGUCUCGCUGCGCGGCGCAUUGGCCGGAAGGUCGUUCUCGCCUGCGUACUGGCAGAAUAUGCACCUGGCGCUUGUAGACGUCGUCAAGCAGAUCGGCUUCCCGGCACUCUUCAUCACAGUCGCGCCCUUCGAGCCCACCGCGCCCUAUCACUUGUGGCUGGAGGACGAACUGCAAAAAACGCUGCGCACGCGCACCAAUUUGCCCGCAGCCGAGACGUUCCACUUGGCGCACCUCCUGGUCCAGGUGGCAGAAGGGCUGAUCUGUGGAAGCAACAAGCGGAACCGCAGCGAGAAGAGCAAGUGUUGGAAAGAGCACGUCUUGUCGGCUGCCGACGGAGAGACUGACACGGUGGUCGAGGUCUUCGGUCGCCUGGAGUUUCAGGAUGGCAAGCGCAAGCGCCAUGUCGGCCCUGCACAGAGCUACCAUGGCUCAGGGCGAGCUCAUCUCCACCUCCUCGUCUGGAUGAAGAACAUGGAUGCACUCGAUUGGUCCAAGGUGCUGAGGGCAGAUCUAGCAUCGCACGAGCCAGAGUUGCACGACCUAGUAAAAGACUCGCAACUCGACUACGACAACAGUGCGUGGCCGCUCCAGGAGGGACCCACCACCUUCGACCGGCAGAGCCAUCGCAUCCUGUUGCACCAUCCCGCAGAUGCCAAAGCCAAGCACGUGAGAGCCUUCCUCCCCGACGUCUUGGCAGCCAUGCAAUGUCACAUGGAUGUGCUGACCGGGGACGGGCGCGCUCUGCUGCUGCAAUAUGUAGCAAGCUAUGCGGCCAAAUUCAGUGACUCCUUCGCCCAGUCCUGGCUGAACGAGGAGGCGUCGGCAUACCACCUGGCUCGCAGGAUCCUCUCCGAGUACCAUCCGCUCGAACCGGAGAUGUGGCUGCAGCUUGGCGCGCAACACUUCAGGCAGGUGAUCGCAACGCCUGUGAUGCGAUGCCUGAGCGUCCGACCGCCCUGGACAGGUCCUCCUGGCGAGUGGGAGCAGCGAUACAUGGGCUGCUCCUGGCGGGAGGAUGACUGCACACUGCUUGAGUUCAUGCGAGCUUCGAACAAGAAUGGCCGCCAGCGCUCCACACGGACAGGAGGAGGCCGACGCCGUGUAGCGGUCGCUGCGCGGAUGAACAGCCACCUGAAGGAUGCCUAUUACGGGCAGUGGCUCGUCCUCAACGUGCCCUUCCGCAACCUGGACGAGCUGUGGACAGACAGGGAGCUGCGGAACCUGCAAGAGCAGCCUCUUGCGCGGGCUCCCCAUGCCGGCCGCCCUCUCUGUGUGCUGGGGCCUGCUGGCAGCGGCAAGUCAACCUGCCUGGAAGUGGUCGUGCAGCGGGCUGUCGAAGCAGGUGCCCAGGUUGGCGUUGCUUGCCCCACCGGCGUGCUGGCCAGCAGCUACAGGGUGAAGUUCCCGGACUUGGACGUGGACACGCUCCACGGCAUGUUCCGCCUGCACAAGCCCGAGCACGAGACGUGGGAUCUCAUGAUCGACUUCGACCUGAUAGUCAUCGACGAGGUCGGGCAGUUGUCUCGAGACAUCUUCGAGCGA